AUGGACGUCGCUGACAUCUGCCAAAUCAAACUAGGAUCUUUUACUCUAUCUCCCCAGGUGCCAGGUUUGUCCAUUGCGGCAUGGGCCGCAAAUGGAAGACGAGCCUGCCAGAACCAUGUCACGACGCCCGGCAUGACUCCGCGGGCGUUCACUUCCCUGCUGGCCGCCUGUAUCGGAGCCCUGUGGGCACGAGUGAUCGUCGAUGCGGGGAGAGAAGCCUAUGGGGGUGGGUCGCUAGAUGGACGGGCUGAGUGGACCAUCACGCGAAUCAACGCCAAUGACACUAGAUGA